CAGUGCUAUUCCACAAUGUCCCAGACAACAUAUGAUGUAGUUAAGCGACGCCAUGUAAAACUACAAACAGAAAUAAACAUUUUAUCUCCUCCUGAUGUGGAAAAGGUUUCUACAGGAACUCAGACUGAAGAGAGAAUAUCUGAAUAUCUUGACAACAGCUUCCUGACAUCCACAGAUGAAGGGGAUGACAAUGACACAGACUCAGACUGGGUUCCGGAAAGUGAGAAUGAGGAGCACGAUUCUGAACAAGACAUUAACCCUGCUAAGGAAAGAAAGUUUAUAGUUUUUGAAUCCUGCUUAGAUCAAUUAUUUACAUCUUGCUACAAUUGUGGAUGCCAAUGUACAUUAAGAAAGACUAUCAUAGGCUCAUACAUUAGCAUUAAGAGUUUAUGUGAAAACUGCAGUGCUCAGAAAAAAUGGGAAAGUCAGCCUACAUCUAGUGCUAUGCCCCUUGGUAAUUUAAUCAUUGCAGGAGCUGUGUUAUUUUCUGGGGGCAGUGCUCACAAAUUCUUAACAUUGUGUAGACAUGCUUCAGUUCAGAUGUUCAGCAUUGGAACAUACAUGAAAAUUCAGUCAUUGUAUUUAGUCCCAACUAUAGAAGAUGUUUGGCAAAGAGAGCAGUUACAUCUCUUUACAGCAGCACAGGAGUCUGGAGAACCUUUGAGGCUGGGUGGAGAUGGACGGUGUUGCUCACCUGGCCACACAGCCAAAUAUCUUUCAUACACUUUGAUGGAUCUGAAGACAAACAAAAUCCUGGAUACACAGCUUGUGCAGAAAAAUGAAGUUAGAAACUCGUAUGCCAUGGAGCUGGAGGGUUUACAAAGAGGGCUUGCCAGAAUUGCAGAUGAGGAUCUACAGAUUUCACAUUUGGUUACUGACCGCCAUUCUCAGAUAAAAAAGUACAUGCGUGAAACCCAUCCAGAAAUAAUACAUUGGUUUGAUUGCUGGCACAUUGCUAAAGGAAUUUACAAGAAGUUAGAAGCUGUGAGCAAGAAGAAAAACUGUGAAAUUGUUGGAGAUUGGGCAAGGUCCAUCAGCAAUCACACUUAUUGGUGUGCAAUGAGUAGUGGCGGAGAUGGUGAGUUGGUGUACCAGAAGUGGUGUUCUAUUUUGAAUCACGUGUGUAAUGUUCAUGAGGGGCAUGGUGCAGAGUUUCCCAGGUGUGAACAUGGAGAUCUUGAAGACCGUCUUUGGAUUCGUAGAGGUUCCAAAGCUUACGAUGAGUUGGAAAAGGUUGUCAAAGGCCGGCUUCUUUUGACAGAUAUCAGAAAAAUGUCUCCUGCAGAACAGACUUCUGGGCUUGAGGCUUUCCACAAGGUGCUCUGUCAUUUUGCCCCUAAGUUUGUGCACUUCUUCCAUGCACAAAUGGAAGCACGGUUAUAUUUAGCCACAUUGCAUUUUAAUGAAAAUUCAACCAGGGAGCAGGCAAAAAAUCAAGAUGGUGAUAUGAUAUACAGUGUUUCAUACCCAAAGGGAAGGAAGGGUGAAGGAGUUGCCAAAGAAGUAAAAAUUCAACAAACUUUUAAUUAUGUGAAUGAACUGUUUGAAGACCUCAUCUUCAGGAGAGAAGUCCACAAUUCUUAUGGAGAGGCGAGAGCAGCCAAAGCAAUAAAUGAGAAAGAAAGACCGAGACCAAUUGCUCAGAUGGAAGGAAGGGCUAGAAAAGAAGACAUUGUGGCUACUCAUAGAUCCAGAUUUUAUUGAAUAAAUAUAAUAUUUCCAAA